AUGGGAAAUUCCGUGAAAACGAAAGUCUCUCAUCCACCGCCACCUCCUCCACUCUUUCAGUCUCCCACAGUGGGAGCAAAUCCUCAUAUUUCCAACAAUUCUCCCAUGAAUAAUGGUUGUUCAAGUACAAACAAAAUGAUUUGUGAAUUAUUUUCGUCCAAUUAUCCGUUAGUUUUUGAAAGAAAAUCUCUCAAUGAUCAUCAUCACGGCAACAAGAAAUUAAUGAAUCCCGAUAAGGAAAAGUUGUAUAAUUACAAAAAUAUGAGCGAGUUGGAAGAACAGUUGCCAGAUGAAAUUAUAUUAUAUAUUUUACAAUUUUUACCUUUGGAAUGUGUGAUACAACUUGGAAGAGUUUCGAAAAAUUUUUAUAAUUAUUGGAUUGAUUUCCCACAAUUGUGGAAUCAUGUUUUCAAUUGUGGUUCCAUGUUGUAUUUGCCUUGGAUCUAUGAAGAUAAUCCUAAAAAGAAUUUGAUAUUUUUUCACAAUCAAUUUAAACCUAAAAUUGUAAAUUCCUUCAAAUAUUUGCAAGAGUGUAAUGAAAGAGUUCCAUUGACGUUAAAAUUUUUAAUUGUCGGCUCCCAAUGUUGCGGAAAAAGCGUUCUUGUUGACAAAGUUUUCAAAGAUUUACCUUUUGAAGAAAAUAAUAACUAUGUGAAAACUAUUGGAGUCGAAUUUUGUACGAAAUGUUUACAAUUUUCAGAAAAAGAGGAACGAUGUCUUUUACAUUUGUGGGAUAGUGCAGGAGACGCAAGAUUUCGAUCAAUUAUCAUGAGCUUUUUUAGGGGUGUUAAAGGUUACUUUUAUUGCUUUGAUUUAAAUGAUCGUUCAUCAUUUGAAGAUACUUUAUCAAUCUUUGAGGAUUGGAAAUCUCAAAACAACAUUGAUCAAGUGAGUGAAUAUUUAGAAUCACAGGAUUCCUGUCUCAUAUUAUUAGGACUGAAAGCGGAUCUUCCACACAAAAUCACUCGAGAUGAAAUUGAUGAUUUCUUGGAAGAAAUUAGUAAUGGCACAAACAAACUCUUACACUCAUGCCGAGUUCAAUAUUUUGAAUUGAGCAGUAAGAAAGGCUCAUUUCAAGAUUUGAUAUUUCCUUUUGCCUAUGUAUGCACCAUUUUGAACACACCUCAAGCUGUCACUAUCAAGCAAAUGGGUACACCCUCAGCAUAA